AUGGCUCCCCCCUUCCCCCUCAUACUCCUCCUCCUCGUCGCCGUCGCCGGGGCAGGCGCCGACGCCGCCGCGCCGCCGAAUGGGCACGCGUGCGCGUCGGCUGAGGCCAACUCCUACGCGUUCUGCGACGCCUCGCUGCCGUUCCCCGUCCGCGCGCGCGCCCUCGUCUCCCUCCUCACCCUCGACGAGAAGAUAGCGCAGCUCUCCAACACCGCGGCGGGCGUGCCCCGCCUCGGCGUCCCGCCCUACGAGUGGUGGUCCGAGUCGCUCCACGGGCUCGCCGACAACGGCCCGGGCGUCAACUUCUCCUCGGGCCCCGUCGCCGCGGCGACCAUCUUCCCGCAGGUCAUCCUCUCCGCCGCCGCCUUCAACCGCUCGCUCUGGCGGGCGGUGGCCGAGGCCGUCGCCGUGGAGGCGCGCGCCAUGCACAACGCCGGCCAGGCCGGGCUCACCUACUGGGCGCCCAACAUCAACGUCUUCCGCGACCCGCGCUGGGGCCGCGGCCAGGAGACGCCCGGCGAGGACCCGGCCAUGAUCGCCGCCUACUCCGUCGAGUAUGUCAAGGGCUUCCAGGGGGAGUAUGGCGACGGCAGGGAAGGCAGGAUGAUGCUCUCCGCCUGCUGCAUACAGGAGGGUCGUGCAAGUUGCUUGAUGUGCUCAUACAACCAGGUAAAUGGUGUGCCAGCAUGUGCCCAUAAAGAUCUGCUGCAGAAGAUUAGAGAUGAAUGGGGAUUUAAAGGGUACAUCGUAUCUGAUUGUGACGCUGUGGCAAUAAUCCACGAAAACCAGACAUACACGAGUUCAGACGAGGAUUCAGUAGCGAUUGUUCUUAAGGCUGGAAUGGAUGUCAACUGUGGGUCUUUCCUGAUUCGGCAUACAAAGUCGGCUAUCGAGAAAGGAAAGAUACAAGAAGAAGAUAUCAACCAUGCUCUUUAUAACCUGUUUUCUGUUCAGCUUCGCCUUGGACUUUUUGAGAAAACCAGUGAGAAUCAAUGGUUCACUCGACUAGGCCCCAGCAAUGUUUGCACAAAAGAGCACAGGGAGCUCGCAGCAGAAGCUGUAAGGCAGGGAACCGUCUUGUUGAAGAACGAUAACAGUUUUUUGCCUCUAAAGAGAAGUGAAGUUAGUCAUAUUGCUAUAAUUGGAGCGGCAGCAAACGAUGCAUACAUAAUGGGUGGAGAUUACACAGGUGUUCCCUGUGAUCCUAUCACCUUCCUUAAAGGCAUGCAAGCCUUUGUUCCGCAAACAACCGUUGCUGGCGGUUGCAAAAAUGUAUCAUGUGACUCAACGGAUGGAUUUGGUGAAGCCAUUGAAGUAGCUAAAAGAGCUGAUAUUGUUGUUGUGAUUGCUGGGUUGAACCUGACUCAGGAGACCGAAGAUCUUGAUAGAGUGACCCUUCUCCUUCCAGGCAAGCAGCAGGAUCUCGUAAAUAUUAUUGCCAGUGUAACAAAGAAGCCUAUUGUGUUGGUUAUCACGGGCGGGGGUCCCGUCGAUGUUUCUUUUGCGAAGCAAGAUCCAAGAAUUGCAAGUGUCCUGUGGAUUGGAUAUCCUGGGGAAGUUGGCGGACAGGUUCUCCCAGAAAUUCUUUUUGGAGAGUACAAUCCAGGAGGAAAGUUGACUAUGACUUGGUACCCCGAAUCCUUCACCGCGGUUCCAAUGACCGAUAUGAACAUGAGAGCCGACCCUUCGCGUGGCUACCCUGGAAGAACAUAUCGGUUCUACACCGGAGAUGUGGUAUACGGUUUCGGUUACGGUCUGAGUUACACAAAGUACUCAUACAACUUCUUGCAAGGUCCAAACAGAAUCAGCCUGUCACAUUCACCAGUUCCAGGCCUCAUCAGUAGGAAGCCUGCAUACACACGGAGGGACGGGCUGGACUACGUCCAGGUUGAAGACAUCGCGUCAUGUGAAUCCCUAGUCUUCUCUGUCCACAUCUCGGUCACCAACGAAGGUGCCAUGGACGGGAGCCACGCCGUCCUGCUGUUCACGAGAUCGAAGUCAAGGGUUCCUGGCUUCCCUCUGAAGCAGCUGGUUGGUUUCGAGCGCGUCUACACUGCUGCCGGCAGAUCAACCAACGUGGAGAUCAAGGUGGAUCCCUGCAAGCACAUGAGCGCGGCCAACACUGAAGGCAGAAGGGUGCUGCUCCUGGGAUCCCAUCAUGUCAUGGUAGGAGACGAAGUGCACGAGUUUGUCAUCGAAGCAUAA